AUGCAGUCCAACCACGAACAACGCACUCUGCAGUUCGGUGUCGUCACCGUCUGCAUACUGGUCCUUCUACUCUUUGCCAGCCUCCUUCAAGGUGCCGCCAUGGGCCCUGCAAAGGAGCACGCUCAUGUCUCUCUGAGGCUCAAAACUGCCGGGAAGCUGGCUUCAGACGUCCAGCCCUCAGCAACCCCAGCAGUGCAUAACAAUCCAGAAAAUGCUCUGGUGUUAGAAACGGCUUCACUGUACCCAACAGCAAAGGACAUCUGUGUGGCGACAGAUAAGCCAGGGAGGCUGGCAAAGGAGUUGCAGAGAUGGGAGCUGCCUAAUGUGGCUGUGUGCAGCCACCGGAGACUGCUCACUGGGCAAGCGGCUGAUGACAUUGCUACAGUCCACUGGCAGCACAUGUACGCCGCCUCAAAAACAGGCAAGCAGAUCUCCCUGCUGAGAGAGCAUCUUCAUGCAAAUUUUUCGCCAGGAUUUGUCUCUUUGCCAGGAUACGGAGGGAAAUACAACGCAUUCGUGCACCUGGAGCAUGACAUGGAGCUUCCCUGGGCUGCGCUGAGCAUUUGGGCAGUAGAAAACGCGGUUUUAGAGCCCCUGGGAUUCCAGCGCGGAUUUCUGCGGACCGAGAUCGCUCCCUGGAACGGCCGCGCCGUCGCCGUUGAUUCCGACGCCCCGGUGAAUCUCACGACGUAUGACAAAUGGUUGAGCGUCACGGACGCGACGAAUGCCACUUACAGCUUCCUGCAGCUGCCUCAGCCGCUGUCAGGAGUCUGGGCUGCCACGCCGCGCCAGCUGGAUCGCUUCAUCGCCUGGCAGCUGUCCCCUGGCAGCAGCGCCGGCAGCAGGAACCUGUCAGAGGCACGCAACUCCUCUUCACUCCAAGACGCGGCCAGGGCCGAGGCGGCGGCUGCCGAGGCAAUACUUUUCACGCGGCCGCUGCCGCACGGCUUCAACAGCAGCGCACUUGUGCCGUUCGACCGCGGCAGUGCUCGAGUGGCGGCCAGCGCGCAUGUGCUGCGGGUGACUAACAGCGAGUGCGCAAAAUGGGAGCAGUUGCAAGAUGAAGGGGCGGCAUACCUGAACACGCAGCCGCCGCCGGGCUUGGCGGGAAGCAAGUGCACUAUCGGCGUUGAUGAGCUUCUUGUCUUCUGA